UGAUUACCGUAGUUGCCUGCGCUGUUUGAUUUGGGGUAGUAGAUUGGCCAUCUAAAGGCUGUCAAGGAGGGAAAAAAGGGGGGGCAGCCGUGCCGUUCGUCGGAGGUGACCUAAUGCCAUCGUCACUCGGAUCAACGAUAAGAGAAUGUGUGGAGUGGGUGCGCUGUGCGGCAUCGCGGCUUGCUGCGAAGAUGGGUGCCAACGUGUCCCGACAGGUGGACGGGAUCUUCAGUCGGUCGUUGACUUUCCAGACUGCCGUUGACUCCAGUUUCGAGGAGUUGGUCAGACGCUAUCCUGCGCAAGUUGUGACGGAAGAAGAGGAGGAGAGUAAGGAGGCCAAGAACGAUGAAAGGGAGGGGAAGGGAGAGAGAUCUGGAAAAGAUGUCGAUGGAGGCAGUACGAGCGGGGGGGAGUUGGGUGUGAUGUAUCUGCCUGAGGCCAUAGAAGCGUUUUACGUAAAUAUGGCUGCUUCCAAGGGUGGGGAUUUAGAGUGGCGGCAGUUCUGGCUAGGCAGGAGGCCCAAACCGGAGGAGAUUGGGCAGAAGAUCAAGAAGGAGGGGUUGGUCGAAGGGAAGGUUUUAAGCCUGGAAGAGUACCGACGAUUCCUUACAGAGCUUUUGGGGACGAUCGGCAUGAAGGUAGCUGCGCGCCGAGUCAGCUUUUACGUGGCCUUUGGCACUCUGGCCGUCAUCGCCGUUGAUCGAACACUCAAGAAGAUUCCUGGAGUCGGCAGAGCGUACGAAACGCUAACUACCAUCGCGCCAAGGGUCGCAAUAGGUGUGGCUAUUGGUACCCGAGCUGCCCUGCAGGAAGAUUAGUUAGUUAGUAUGACCUUUUUUUUUUUUUUUUUGGAGAUGACCUUCUUUUUUUCUGUUAGAAGAAUGGCCUUUUUUUUUUUUAUUCCUUGGUUUUGGAAUGAUCUGUGAUUUUUUCCCUUCUGAAUCAUUUUGGGAAUCUUUUUUUCUUUUUCUUUUGGUGAAACGAAAAUCUGUGAUUUUUGUCUAUCUUGUUGAAACAUCUGUGUUUUGCUUUUCUUUGAAACGUAACCGUGGUUGCUGUAUGUCUGUAUGUGGUACAGUCGCAUAUGAACCUUGCCGGGAUUAUCGACCAGGUUCGUGUUUUAUAGGUAGGUCAUUAGCACGGACGCGGUGUAGUAGAUUGCGAAGGAAACCGUAGUACUAACCAUGAAGUUUGUUUGGAUCGUGAAGCUUCUUCUAGCCUUGGCUUGAAAAUGC